ACCGAGUUCCUUCCUGAGAUAAGCAUUGCUUUUAACCCAAAGGCAGCACAAACGACAAGGCUUCAACUUCCCAGUCUGUCAAUCUCCGCAGCACGGUGGGGGUGGAUUUAGAAUGGCCAAGAAAUUCUUUUCAGAAGAAUUUCCUACGUCAGGUAAUUAAAAAACAAACUUCCUUGUUCCCUCUGCGGAGAUGUAUCCAGGGACAGAAAACACUUUGUUUCGAGCUUUAGAGGGGGGCGUUGGGCCCAGGUGUCCUUUGCACCCAGCUCUAGAGAAAAGGGAAGGAAAGGGGGAUGUGGAACUAGCACAGAGCUAAGAACUCACAGGAGUCAAAACCAAAGACACCACAAAAGAAGGGUCAGGGACGGGGCCUGGGGGUGAAAGAGAGCAACAGGGUCCGCAGAGUUAAGAGUCAGGCCGUCUCUGAACGUCUAGGAAGCCUGGACGCGGAAGAGGCGGAGACCAGCAGGAGAAGGGGAGGGAGUUGAGAGGCAGAUUGGCCCAAGGCUGAACCGGGUUCCGAUCUCGGGGGCGGGGAACCCAGGGGCGCGGAGGCCACACCCAGGACCUGCUGCGCGCCCCGCGCUCUGGGGACCGUAGCCCCGAGCGGUGGGGGCGGGAAGGCAUGAGCGACCCUCUCGCCAGGACCAGGACCAGGACCCGGACCCGGGGAGGGGUGCGCGGGUCGCCCCCGCAGUCCGGAGCGGGCUGGGUCCUUUCUGCGCGACGUGGGGCUCCCGGCCCCUCCCCGGCUUCUGGAGCCCCAAAUCCUGAGCCCGCGGAGACGAGCGGAGGUCCGGGCGAGGAGCGGUCGGAGGAGCGGUCGGAGGGCCGGGCCCCGGGACGCUGGGCCGGAGAGCGGGACUGUGAGCCGUGGGUCCGAGAGAAAGUGCUCUUUCUGCUGCACCCCGAGAGGUGGCUGGGGACUCGAGGGGACGCUAAAUGGGACGAGGGGGCCGUUGGGGAGGUCCUACCCGAGACGAGCAGGGACGACGCCGGCCCGCAGCGGGACUGCGCGGGUCCUCGCUCCGCACUAGAAAGGCGCCAUCCCGGCGCACGGGCAGCUCCGGCUGCGCCCCCCAGGCCGCUGCUCGUGCGCGUCGUGGAUUACCAGGUGACGCGGGAGGUGCAGCGCACGGCGUGGACGAAGGGGCGCGCGACCACGAGGACGGAGGAGCGCUCGGUGACCGCGGUCACUUUCCGCACUGGAGGACCUGAUUCUCACCGAGCAGAGGAGCCCCAGAAAUGUUCCCGCCUGGGGGAUGAGCGAGACUCCGUAGAAGAAGAUGCUCUUCCGGGGACCCCAGGCUACAGCUGACCGACGGGAGGGAGCCCCCUGUUGAAGGGCUGGCGCGGCGCUUCGGGAAGGCAGCCAGCAUCCCAGACCACCGAGGAGCUUGACCAAAAAUGGUACCACCUUCAUCAUAAAAAACUCUGGAGUUCAAUUGCUUGGAUUCAGAACUGGCUGCAUCUCCCCCUGUAACUUGGCCUCAUGCUAAAGCUCAAAGGACUAAGGCACAAGUUUUCAUAGACUGCCUCGUUCUUGGUAGGCUCCCCUGAUCCUAGCGGGACCCUAUCAUGUGGAGUCUGAGGAAACUUCCCUGUGUCCUGGGAGUGCUCCAGAAGUCAGACUUGUCUUUGAUACUGAGAAAUCUCUGAGAAUGGCUGGAUCUUGGGUCUUUGAUCUUACCGCUACCUCAUGGAAAGACAAGAUCACCUAAGCAAGGCAUCAGGUGGAUGAGCCCCGAACUUCCAGAAGACAUCUGGUCACUUCACUGUUAGGCAGAUGUCACAGUCACAGAACCCUGUGUGGAUCGGGCAAGUGUCCACCUCUCAAAACCCUUUACACAUGACUUUUACCUUUUAUGUUCAUUACAUUUGACUUGUGGUGUUUUUUCCUUCUGGAUAUAACCAGUUCUUGAUGUUAAGACUUGAUGUGGCUGUUUGCUUCAAAAAAGAAGGAAAAAGGUUUUUUUUUUUAAAAAAAUUUCAUUUUGAUACAGUCUCUGGUUAAUUGUGCAGCCUGUGCUUGAAUCUGCAAUCCUCCUCCUGAGUAGCUGGGAUUACAAGCAUGUGCCACUGCCUGGCAAAGGCUUUCUGUUUUUAAAAAAUUUACUUAUGCAGAAAUUUUUGAGGAAAUAUUAACUGAUGAGGCAAAAGAAAAGCAAGAUAAAAGCACACAAAAACUCUUGAUCCCAAAUCUGUGAAUAUUUUGUGUUUUCAGUAUGGUUUUAUUUUAUUCUAUUUUUAUUGUAUGCGUGCAUAUAUACCGUUAUGGUUUGU